AUAUGGGACAUUUCUGGGAUCUUUUGGUUCAGCUCAUGAGCAUGGGACAAACACUAUAUGUUGUGUUUUUAUUUUUGGAUGCUAUGUGUCCUGUUUAACUUCGAUUCCCAGAAAGCAUUGCUAGCAUUUCACUGCUCAUGGCAUCAAGCUUUGUGGGACCAGCUUAAGCGACUUCAGUUGCGACACGGUGAAGCAGCUGCUGUAGUGAAGUAAGACUGAGGAGGGGAGAUCUUUCCCUACUCUGUCGGACAGUCGUUCAUUUGUUUGUGAUUCCUAGUUUGCUUUGACAAUAAACAUUUCCGUUGCUCAAAUCUGGCUUUGAGUCAAUGAGGAAGCGUCCCGUUGCCCUCCAGGGGUAGAUCAACAACAGAUUCGCGAGAAAUGCUAGCAAGCUAGCUUUGGGUUGGUUGUAAGCGAGAGAUUUACGGGUUUGUUCGAUCACAGUGGAAGAGAACCGAACGUAAUAACUGCGGAGAAUUGUUGAGAUUUUGUGAGGGGAAACGAGUGAACAAUCAAAAGGUUUCCGGGAGGGUGGUUUAAGUAGCUAGUUAGCUACAUUUUAUAUAAAAAGCUCUAGAUAGGUAUUUUAAACAGAUCGUCGCGGAAUAUGGCUCAGCAUGGACAUCAUCAUGUAGCCAGUUCCCAAAAAGCACUCAUGUUAGAAAUGAAAAGUCUUCAAGAGGAGCCAGUUGAAGGGUUCAGGAUAACUUUAGUGGACGAAUCGGACUUGUACAACUGGGAAGUUGCUAUAUUUGGACCCCCAAAUACUCACUAUGAGGGAGGUUAUUUUAAGGCUCGGAUCAAGUUCCCCAUCGACUAUCCCUACUCUCCUCCGGCCUUCCGCUUCCUCACCAAGAUGUGGCACCCCAACAUCUAUGAGAAUGGGGACGUGUGUAUCUCCAUCCUGCACCCCCCUGUGGACGACCCCCAGAGUGGAGAACUGGCUUCUGAGAGAUGGAACCCCACGCAGAACGUCAGGACGAUCCUGCUGAGUGUGAUCUCUCUGCUCAACGAGCCCAACACCUUCUCUCCAGCCAACGUGGACGCCUCCGUCAUGUACCGCAAGUGGAGAGACAGCAAGGGCAAGGACAGAGAGUACGCAGAGAUCAUCAGGAAGCAGGUCCACGCCACCAAAGCAGACGCUGAGCGUGACGGUGUGAAGGUGCCCACAACCCUGGCAGAGUAUUGCGUCCGCACCCGCGCCCCGCCCCCCGAUGAGGGCUCCAACCUCUUCUACGACGAUUACUAUGAUGACGAGGACCUGGAGGACGAAGACGAGGAUGAUGACGAGGACUGCUGCUAUGACGAAGAUGACUCGGGAACCGAGGAGUCCUGACGACCCACCAUCGCCUCACUACCCCUUCCUCUCCCCCGUCACCCCCCCCCCCCCCCCCCCCCCCCCCCCCUUAAACUGAGCUCAUACUCCAACCCCCCCCCACAGCAGUGCAGCCACACCUGCACGCUAAACCCAGAUGCAUUUUGAAAGAAAGCUACAGAUUUAGUUUGUCCUUUUUGUUUCUGGUGUUUUUAUUUUCCUGUCUGUUUGUGGAGUGUUAGAGCUAAUGCUAGCUCUACAAAUGAUUCCCAUGGUUUGCUCUCAAUGACCGCUUGCUUUCUAAAGUUUUGGGUAAGGGCUCUGUCUCCUGUAGAGUGUGUAUUCAGACACCGAGGCAGUGUGGAGAGAGAGCCCUGAGAUAGUAGUGUUCAUCUGAACUUGGUGACCUCUCACCUGGUUGACAGCCUUGUGAUGCCGGCCUGCCUGUCACAUGAAUCUUUCUGAGGUUAAGGGGACCCCUGACAUUUCACUAUUGGGUCUGGGGUUGCUCACAACUGUCUGCCGCUCCAGAGCCAAGUUUUACUGUAUGACUUGGUGGUUUGUAAUGAUAAGGGCAUAUUGCAGACAGUUGAUGUUUUGAUGCUGGUGUACUCUUUUGGAGACCUCAUACAUUUUAGUCAUUUAGCAGACACUCUUAUCCACUGUUUUAUUUUACCUUCAUUUAACUAGGCAAGUCAGUUAAGAACAAAUUAUUAUUUUCA